UGCUGUGUGCAGAUGUGUCGCAGAUUCUUUUCAAAUCAAACGGACACACCGGAAACUUCCCAAUUGCGCCAUUUGAAUAACCAAAUAAACUGUCGGGACGACAACUUGGUGGUCGUGCUGGAAGUGUUAGCGGCUCUCGCCAGCUCGGCUUGAGGCGGAGAUAAGACCCCACUUUUUGGCAGGUCGGAGACGCGCGCGCUGAUGGAGCUGUCAGCCAUCGGCGAGCAAGUGUUUGCCGUGGAAUCAAUCGUCAAGAAAAGAGUUCGGAAGGGAAACGUGGAGUACCUGUUGAAAUGGAAAGGAUGGCCUCCAAAGUACAGCACGUGGGAACCUGAGGAACACAUUCUGGAUCAGCGUUUAGUCCAAGCCUACGAAGAGAAGGAGCAGAGGGACAGGAUGCUGAGUCACAAGAGGAAAGGAUCCAAGGCCAAAAGACUCCUGCUGCAGAAUACGGUCUAUACCAUGGACCUUCGCAGUGCUCACAAAACCACGGACACGCCCCGACCACGUUUACGUCUCUCCCUAACCCGCUCGCUGGGUCUGGAUGAGGAAGACGAGGAAGAGGAAGAUGAGGGGAACGAGGAGGAAGAUGAAGAGGAAGAAGAGGACCAGUCGUACAGUGACUGCAGUCAGAUGCUUUGUCACAACAACAAGCGGAGGCCACAGAACCAAUGUCUUGACUCGAGGCCAGUGAGUACAGCACAAGACGACUGUAAAAGCGAAGGUGAGGAAGAAGCAGGCGAAGAGAUGGUUGAAUAUGAUGAGGAGGAAAUUCUUGAUACAGCAGAAAAAAACCUUGACAUGCCUAACGGUCAAAAGAGGGCAGCGAAGUGGAGUUCUACUAUUGGCCGAGUGGACAUGACCGACGCAGUCUGGAGACCUAUCGUUGGUCCAGGAGAGGUGACAGUCACAGACGUCACCCUCAACUCUCUCACCGUGACUUUCCGAGAGUCACAUGCGGCCAAAGGCUUUUUCCGAGUGUGGGGGCUGGAAGUUUGAAGAAUGAGUGCCAAGGUUUGGGGCAAAGAGGGAUUAUUAGUGUCAAUGUGUACUCUCUCGUUGUCAACUUCCAGUCCAGUGUUUGCUUUGUUUUCAUACACCUAAACAAGAACUUAAAGGUGUAAAAUGGAUGUGAGAUUAGACACACGUGCAUGUGUGUUGCUAACAUACACAUACGCUGUAUGUUGGCAAUGCUAAAGAAACAAAGAAGCCAAUAUGAACAGUAGUGAUUCAAUGUUUAGUGUCUAUUUCCAAGUUUUAAGUUUUACAGUAGAUCUCUGCUAUUUGCCAGGGUUAUGUUCUAAGACCACCCAUAAAUGUGAAUUAUGAAUGCAUCUAUUUGAUUCUCUAAACACUGUUACAUGCCUCACAGUUAUUAAACUCAUUUUAAUUUUAAGUGCACACAUUGGAAACAUUACAGGCAUGCAGUAUACAGUUUUGUCCCGCAUUGUGAACAUUCAGUUACGCAACAUCGCGUCUAGUAAAAGCGUCUUCAUACUGGAAGAAAUUGAGCAAAUUAACGUGUGAAACAGCACUCUGUUGGAUUCAUAGCUGCAGCACUCCCUUUUCCCCAGUAGCACUUUAUCUUCUAUCUAUACAUAUUAGUGAGCAAUGUGUAGUUUUCCAUCCAUCCAUUUUCUACCGCAUGCCCCUCCUAAGGUUGCGGUGGGUGCUGGAGCCUAUCUCAAUGUUUAUUACUAUUUUUUGUUUUUCAUUACGCUUUACUUCUGUUACUGUAUGUAAAAACAUGCAAUGCAAAAACGUAAUUUCCCUAUUGUGGGUUAAAUACAAGUCUGUCAUGUUCUAUUCGAUCCAAACAACUUUCUCUUUAAGUCACUUUUUCAAAAUAAAUGAUAAUUGAAAGCAGAGAAAACAAAUGCCAAAAUGCGGAUCAGCAGGGAUCUACUGUAUUGCUUGCUCCUUGCGUAGAUGCUCUUCAAAGGCGCCACGUGCGGGGACACUUUUAACGGGAACACUAACAUUUUUGAAUGUAGUAAAAGUACAGGAAACAAAUUUUGCACUAUGAACUGAUGAAAUUACAAAAUCUAUCCGGGGAAACAACCAAUAUGCACUAAUAGAUUAUCAUUGUAUGUAUUUAUAUUCUAUGUUUUAAGUAAGUCCAGUAAUAAGGAACAAAAACUAAACCUAGUGCGGGUACUCCUGCAGUCUAUUUUAAUUGAAGAGUACAAGUUGUUCAUUCAUUUGAUUCAUUUAUUUCAGGCAAUGACACAGAAAAAAUACAAGGUAGACAACAUAUAUAAUAAUAAGAGUUCAUAUAGUGCCAAAGGGAUUGUGCAGUAUGUACACAUGACAAUCAAGUGUUGCCUUAAAGUUAUCCCAAGGAACAAAACAUCUGUGCUACAACGAGCUGUUGGCAAUACACGUAUUGACAUGGAGUGUGUUGUAGUAUUUGUAUCACAUACUAUUCAACAUUGCCUACAAAACCACCUGUAUCAUAGAGUGAGUACUCCCCUCAUAUUUCAGCAACCAUUUGAUCUUGUCAAAGGACAAUACUGCAUAAAUCAUGAUCUGAUGUACUUAAGAGUAGUCAGUGUACAACUUUUAUAGCAGGACAGAUCAUCGGAACAUGACUCAACACAGAUAUUAUUGUGGGAAAAGCUGCCAGUAAAAGUGAGGGCAACACCAAUAUUUAAUGUGAAGAUAUUCAUCAGCUUCAUCUUGGAGCAUCUUCCUCAGCAAGGCACGUGUUAUCUUGGAGGUGUGCUUGGGCUCCUUAUAAUGCGGACAAGUUUUCAAAAGGAAGAGAUCAUGCUGUGUACUUUGCAGUACAUGUUGGAAAUCAUGUUUUCUUUCUGUGAAUCGCCGCUCCCCAGACCAUUACGCUACAAGACACAAUUAUCUUGUGUUGCCAGUUAUUUAUGUAGGGCCAAGUGGAAUAACGUUGAAUAAAUAGAUAUAUAUUUUAAUAAUUACUUAAAUAUGUCAUUAAUUAAUUAUGAUUGGAAUUAAAUAUUACAAAGUUUCAUUGAGUCAUUUAAAUCACAAUUAUGUUUAAUUGUUUAAUCAUUUGCCAAUUGAUGUAAUUUUUUCAUGUAAUUAUAAUUAUAAUAAUUAUAAUAAUAAUAAUAUAUAAUAAUUAUAAUAAUUAAUGACACAUUAAUUAUUGAAAGAUUUAGUUUUUUAUUUGGUACUGUUUGGCCCAUGUCAGGGCUUCGUGAAUUUAUUUUAUCUGUCCGACUCGGCUCCAGCCCCCCGUGACUCUGAAAGGGAAAAGCUGUAGGAAAAUGGAUGGCUGGUUUGAAAGUCCACAUGUCAAAGUCAAUUGGCGGUGCUAACACAAAUCUAGUACAAUCAUUGCAAAGUGGAAGUGCUGGGUAACUAAUCAGGUGUUAGGAUCUGCCAAAAGGCAUUGCUGAAGCGCUGACAAGGGCCCAAUGGGGAAAGAAACCAAGAAAAAAUCUUCAGAAAAAAUACUUCAAUGUGUGAAUAAAUAAUGAAAUCAUUAAAUAAAUAAUGACAUAAAUAAUGAAUUAAAUGAUUAAAUUAAAUUUUAAGAGCAGCGUAGCUCGGAUGGUAAAGUGGUUGUGCCAGCAACUUGAGGGUUCCAAGUUCGAAUUCAGCUUCCACCAUGCUAGUCACAGCUGUUGUGUCCUCGGGCAAGACACUUCACCUGUCUUGCUCCUGAUGGGUCAAGGUUAGCGUCUUGCAAGGCAGUUUCAGCCAUUAGUGUGUCAAUGUGUGUGUGUGAAUGUACAUCUUGUGUAUCAUGCUGGUAUAGUAAGUGCUACAUAAAUACAGACCAUUUUACAUUAGAUGAAUUAUUCCAAUUAUAAUUAAUGACACAUUUAAAGAGGAACUGCAUUUUUUUGUAGGGAUGUAAGACAACACGUAUGUUUUUCUUCUUUUUAUGUAUUCUAAUUUGUAAUAUAUGGCAAAUAAGAGGUGGCCAACAAUUAAGCUAAUGGUAGUCUAUAGAGCCCUAUAAAAAAGAACAUACAAAAACCGCCAACAAUACUGCAUUUACAUGUUGUGACUUGAAUAUUCACAGCAACAUUGUUGUGAUAAGAGCUAAUGCUGAGGAACUACUUUGAGCGACGCCGUAAUCACAGAGAAGUAAAUAGCUUAUAAAGCUAUUGACCUAUUUAGCAUCUGAGUUUGUGAUCGUUUGUACAAAGUAACAAAUCACGCCUCUCACGUGUAUAGUACAAGGUUGUGGCCAUUAGUAGAGAAGUUGGUCAACUUUGACAUUCAACUCAGACCCAGAGAUCGCGAGAAAGACAGAAAAAAAGUCCGGAUCAUCAUUUGUCCCAAAGUAGUCAUUGUUGACUCAUAAAGUGCACCAUGAUUUAUAGUUGGAAAUGGCAAACGUUGUGAUGUGUCUGUGAAAUCAAUGUGCUGCCGUAAUACUUAAAAUGACCAAUUACUACAUUAAAUAUUGUAUAUACUCACGGCAUGCGUAUAAAACCUUGAUGGAGGUUUUAGAGCCCAUUAUAGGCACAGUAGAUUGACUUCCUAUUGCUUCUAUUGUUAGCUGAGCUAUGCUAGCGGAUAUCUACGAGUUAAAAUGCAUUGGGGGAAAAAAGCGUGUUUGCUUAUCUCACAUAAAUAUUGUGAAUGAUACACAAUUCCAAAAAAGUGCAGUUUCCCAUUACGUAAUUAUUUAAAGAUGCAUUUAUAUAAUUUGGGUUCUCUGUAGCUAUUUUGACAAUAAUGGCAGUGACUCAUUUUCAGUGAAUAGUGCUGACUACUUCAAAGUACAUCUACGUUGUUGUAAUGAGAGAUACUGUAUCUACAGCUGUAUCACUCUCAGUAAAUUGAUUAAAAAAAUGUAAAAUUAAGUGAAGUGUAUCUAAUAGUCCUGGUGUUAAUUUAGUCUUGAUACUGUAGCAAUACAAGUAGUCUGUGUUCUACAAUCUUUGCCCUUUUACAUUGAGAUCAAACCCAGGAAAUUGAGAUAAAUAGCUUCUUGCAAAGCACUGGAGGGAACUGAAACGAUAAAAAGACUAAAAUGUUGCAAAAGUUCUAAUUAGUGACUUAAAAGAAACCUAUGUCUGAAAGUUAUCUCACAGGAACCUUGGUGAACAAAACUGAAAUCGCAGGGAGUGAAGUGCCUGACGUUUCAUUAUUUAUUAUUUACUUUGGUUGUUUCUCUGAGUGUAAACUAAGACUUGAAAAAUAAGCAAAAAUGAAGACUAAAAGGAGUCUUUAUUUUUCUACAUGAAACCGAAUGUAUAUUUAUUCUUUAGAGGAGGUACCUGUUUACUUGUUGGGGUCUUCAACCUCGUCCAGGCCAAGGACCCCCAAACUGAUGAAGGGAUAGAAUGGGGACCCCCUACUUACAUAUCUUGUAUUAAAGUUGUGUUUUGAAUUAAACUGGAUAUAAAAGUA